AUGUCGCUUGGAAGUUUUUUCAAAGGCACAAGUGUGGACCAGAACUCCAAAUUCGCCGAUAAGGACAAGAAGAUAAUCAACAGCACUAGCUGGCCAGAAAUCUUCAACCAGAAAGUUGACAUCAGUAAGGUAAAUAGAGACAGCAUCAGGCCAUGGAUCGAGACCAGAGUUAACGAACUCAUGGAUGUAGAGGAUGAGUUGAUACCUGAUUUAGUCAUUUCUUAUUUAGAGGAACAGCAAGAGCAAGGCCAGUCUCUGUGUCCCAAGAAAAUCACAGUUCAUAUCACAGGGUUCCUAGGAGAAAACGCAAAGGUUUUCAUGGAGGAGCUUUGGCAAAUCCUCUUAGAAGCUCAAGAUAGCAAAUUUGGUAUACCUAAUACUAUUAUCAACCAGAAACGAGAGGAAACUUCUACAUUGAAAGAGUUGAUUAAGGAGAAAAGGAUUCAACUUGAAAAAGUUAAGCUCAAGGAACUAGAAAUGAGAGAUGAAUCCAAAGGUAACCCUCCUGAUGAUUCUCACUCUUAUUCUCGCAGAGAGAGGGAUUUAGAUAGACACCACCGUCAUUCCAAGAGGAGUCAUAGACACUCUCACCGUCAUAGAAGAAGGUACAGCAGCGAAAGUUCAGAGGAAAGAAGACACUCCAGACGAUCCAAGAGGUCACACAGAUCCUCUCACAAGCAUAAAAGAGAUAGAAGAAGGAGAAGGUCAUAUUCCAAAGAGAGAAGAGAUUCCAGGGACAGAGACGAUAGAAGAGAUGACCGUGAUAGAAGAGACAGAAAAGAAAGAAACAAUAGCAAGGACAGAAAAGACACCAGCAGGGAUAGGAAAGAUAGAAAUCCUAGUAAGGAGAAGAAGGAUGACAAAGAACCCCAGAAGGAGCACACUAAAGAAUAG